CCUCUUCCAACACUUACCAGGAAGAGACGGACUUAUUAUUUCUCUUUUCUGUCAUACUGACUCUCUUCUCUCUUGACAAAAGCAAUAAAGAAUCGGCGAUCAUGAAGAGAAACACUUUCAAGAAGGAUUUUUGAGACAUUUGUUUUUGAACAGACAGCAGAUCGUUGUGAUUCUCAAGGUGAUUCAUUUUUAAAACCGUCGUUCAGAAAGUGAAAGUAAAGUUUAUAUUGCUGGAGCUCAAACAGUGAAAAUGGCUUCACUAAAUGUUUCUGCUGAAGAGCUUACUUGUCCCGUGUGCUGUGAAAUCUUCAAGACUCCUGUUAUUUUAUCAUGUAGUCACAGUGUUUGUAAAGAGUGUCUUCAACAGUUCUGGAGAACCAAGAACACUCAGGAGUGUCCUGUCUGCAGGAGAAGAUCCUCAAAAGAACAUUUUCCAGUUAAUCUUGUGUUAAAAACCUUGUGUGAGUCGUUCCUGAAGGAGAGAAAUGAGACGAGUUCAUCAGGAUCUGAGGAGAUCUGCAGUUUACACAGUGAGAAACUCAAACUCUUCUGUCUGGAGGACAAACAGCCUGUGUGUUUAGUGUGCAGAGAUUCAAAACAACACGACAAUUACAAAUUCAGACCCAUCAGUGAAGUGGUUUCAGCAUGUAAGGAGGAGCUCAAUACAGCACUGAAGUCGUUACAGAAGAAACUUCAACACAAUGAAGAAAUGAAAGGAGAGUUUGAGAAAACAGUUCAACACAUCAAGUCUCAAGCUGAGCACACAGAGCGUCAGAUUAAACAGCAGUUUGAGAAGCUUCAUCAGUUUCUCAGAGAUGAAGAAGAAGCUACAAUCACUGCACUGAGGGAGGAAGAGGAGCAGAAGAAGCAGAUGAUGAAGGAGAAGCUGGAGGAGAUGAACAGACACAUCUCAGCUCUUUCACACACAAUCAGAGACAUGGAGGAGAUGAUGAAAGCCAAUGACGUCUGCUUUCUGAAGGAGUUUCCAGUCUCAAAGGAAAGAGUCCAGAGCUCACAGCCGCAUCCACAGAUGGCUUCUGGAGCUUUGAUUCAUGUGCCGCGUUACUUGGGCAACCUGCCGUUCAGAGUCUGGAAGAAGAUGCAGGACAUCGUCCAAAACACUCCUGUGAUUCUGGAUCCAAACACUACAGAUCCACAUCUCGUCCUGUCUGAUGAUCUGACCAGUGUGAGAUACAGCUGGAAAAAACAACCUCUUCCUGACAAUCCAGAGAGAUUUAACCUCUAUCCCUGUGUUCUGGGAUCAGAGGGUUUUAACUCAGAAACACACUGCUGGGAUGUAGAGGUUAAAGAGAGUUCAGCCUGGAUUCUUGGAGUAACUACAGCAUCAAACCAGAGGAAGGGAUGGCAUUUCUUCAACACUGAUGUCUGGAGUGUGUCGUACGGAUGGAUCGUAGGUCCUAGUUCUAGUUUUCGUGUCAAUCAGGAUCUUGAUCGUGUGAGAGUGAAUCUGGACUAUGCAUUCAGCCCUGACAAACGUUGCAAAACGUUUUUUUAAAUGGAAACGGUGGUGUGUUGAACCAGAGAUUGUAUAUAAUAGGGAGAUGAUCUCUUACCAUUGGAGAAAGCGUAACAGCUAACUUAAUCACGUGCGGCACCUC